AUGGCCACUCAGUCGACUCCCCGCGGUCGCAUCCGCGAAAUCCUCCCAAACCUCCAUCUCGGAACUUGGCCGACCGGUCCAAAAAAUUCUCUUACCGAUGUUCCUGGCGUUCUGGCCUCCACUCAGAGUAUUCACGCCGACGAGGGCGUCAACACCGGCGUGACAGUUAUUCUUCCUCAUCAGAAGUGGUUCAGUGAUGCUUGUUACGCUGGUAUAUUCCGUUUUAACGGCGCCGGAGAGCUGACGGGGUCUCACUGGAUCGAAGAGACCGGCCUCUUGUCCAGCCCUAUCGUGCUGACCAAUACCUUUUCCGUUGGCGAUGGGUAUCGUGGGGUCUAUGAGCACGCCAUCCGCAACUACUCGAACGGCGAGGGUGUAGAGUGGUUCCUCUUGCCAGUGAUUGGCGAGACGUUUGACGGCUACCUGAACAACAUCUCCAAGCUGGCCGUCAAGCCUUCGGAUGUGGCCAGGGGUAUUGAGACCGCCACAGACGAACCUGUACCCGAGGGUAACACAGGUGGCGGCACAGGAAUGAUCUGUCACUACUUCAAGGGCGGCACGGGCUCCAGCAGCCGCGUGGUAGAAGGCCUCGACGGUGAUGGGAACAGGAAGGAUUAUACUGUCGCUGCGCUUGUACAGGCCAACUAUGGCAAGGCGCCGCACUUGCGCAUUGGUGGUGUUCCCGUCGGCCGCAUCCUCGAAAAGGAGAAGGCCGAGGCGCUUGCUGAUGUUGCGAAGCACAAGGAUAAGAAGGAUGGAUCCAUCAUUGUUAUCAUCGCAACUGACGCCCCUCUGACACCGGUUCAGUGUCAGAGACUCGCUAAGAGGGCAACUGUCGGGCUAUCGAGGGUCGGUGGCUACGGCCAUAAUCCGUCCGGCGACAUUUUCCUCGCAUUUUCGACGGCCAACCAUAUUCCUGUUCAAACCAUUAACAAGGAUCAACGCGAAGUGGACCCAUUCAAGGCGAAGGCCUUGAAGAUCGAGGCUGUGGACGAUACCAGUAUCAACGGACUGUUCGAGGCUGCGGCGGAUGCGACGGAGGAGAGCAUUUACAACGCACUAUCCUCAGCAGAGACUUUGACGGGUUUCUCUGGGCACAAGAUUGAAGCGCUGCCUCUGGAUCGACUUAGGGAGAUUAUGAAACAGUACGAUCCGUAA